AUGGUUGCCUCUUCGUUCCUCCCCUCCCGCUUUCGCGGCGAGCAACCGAAUGGCCCACCAGCUCCCCCCUCGAGACUGAACAGGGCAUCCACGCCAUUUUUGCAAUUCGUAUCCAGAAUUGCAUGCAUACAUCCCAUCUACACUCUAUGCCUCGUGGCUGUCUUGGCCAGCACGACAUACGUAGGAGUGGUCCGGGAAAGUCUGUUUGACGCGACUCGGAGUGUCCAGAAGGCAGAAUGGGGCUCUUUAACAGGUGGCAGUAGGAGUCUGGUCGCGGGGCCCGAAACGGCCUGGAAAUGGCAGAACUUCGACUCCGAAGCAAAGGUCCCUAAGGAUGCCGACCAUCUCGCGCUGAUCACGUUGAUCUUCCCCGAAUCCUCUCCCGAAGCGCCUCAGACCGCCCCCUCGCCGCAUAUCGUUCCUUUGCCUUCGAACUUAUCCGUCAACCAUCUCCCCACCACCUCGAACUCGCUGUCGGCAUACUCCCAGGACAGCGCGUUGGCCUUCUCCAUCAAGUACAGCGAGGCGCCCGAGUUCCUGCAGGUCGCGCAGGAGAUCCCGAACGAUGUCCCGGGACAAGAAUCGCGUGUGACCGAGCACGGCAAGAAAGAGCAGAAGAUGUGGAUCAUGAAGGUCGCCAGGGCCCAUACUAGAAGCAGCCUGGCUCUCUGGAUCCAUAAUGCCUGGAUCGAGUUCCUCGAUCUCGUCAAGAACGCUGAGACCCUCGACAUCAUCAUCAUGGUUCUCGGCUAUCUGGCCAUGCAUCUGACCUUCGUUUCCCUUUUCUUGAGCAUGAGAAAGAUGGGGUCAAAUGUCUGGUUGGCGACCAGUGUCCUGUUCUCCUCGACCUUCGCCUUCUUGUUCGGCUUGAACGUGACAACGAAACUUGGCGUGCCAGUUUCUGUCGUUCUGCUCUCAGAAGGCUUGCCGUUCCUGGUCGUUACCGUCGGCUUCGAGAAGAAUAUUGUUCUGACGAAAGCCGUUCUGUCACAUGCGCUGGAACAUCGCAGGCCUGAGGAAAAGUCAAGCGAUGACAGAAAGUCCGCGAAGAAGUCCCCGAGCCCUCCGGACGGCAUUAUUCAGUACGCUGUCCAGAGUGCGAUCAAGGACAAGGGAUACGAAAUCGUUCGCGACUACGUCAUCGAGAUCUUGAUUCUCAUUGCCGGAGCUGCAUCUGGUGUCCAAGGAGGACUGCAACAGUUCUGCUUCUUGGCUGCCUGGAUUCUGUUUUUCGAUUGCGUGCUCCUCUUCACCUUCUACACAGCCAUUCUAUGUAUCAAACUGGAGGUCAACCGCAUCAAGCGUCAUGUGGAGAUGCGCAGGGCACUCGAGGACGAGGGGUACAGUCGACGGGUUGCCGAGAGCGUGGCCACCAGCAACGACUGGAUCAGACGAGGCAGCAAGGACGAAAAGGAAGCUUUGGUCUUUGGGCGAGACGCCAAAAGCAGCAGCGUCCCCAAGUUCAAGUUUUGGAUGGUCGCCGGCUUCUUCACCAUUAACGCCAUAAACAUCGUCUCCAUACCUUUUAGAACCCCUGGCUCCUUCUCCAGCCUCUCCACUUGGGCAGGCGGUCUUGGAGGUGUUGUCACCUCACCCCCCCUAGAUCCCUUCAAGGUUGCGUCUAACGGCCUGGAUGAGAUACUAUUCAUGGCGAGGGGUCACGGUCGCACGACUGUUGUCACGGUCUUGACUCCCAUCAAAUACGAGCUAGAAUACCCCUCCGUUCACUACGCCGUGCCGUCGACACAAGCGGCCAAUGGCCGCGAUAUCGAUGAUGGCUACGGUCAACUACACAAUUACGGCGUUGGUGGCCGCAUGGUUGGCAGCUUGCUUGACAGCUUGGAAGACCCUAUCCUUUCCAAAUGGAUUGUGGUCGCUUUGGCCCUGAGCGUGGCCCUCAACGGCUACUUGUUUAACUUCGCACGUUGGGGCAUCAAGGACCCGAACGACCCAGACCAUGCCAUUGAUCCUAAGGACCUUGCCGCAGCUGAGAAGUUCAACGAUACCCAAAAUGCGACACUGCCCCUUGGCGAAAUGCAAAGGCCCUCCCUUUCCAAACCCAUGACCCCGGCAUCUACCGACGACGAAAGCGAGGCUUUGUCGAUGAAGCGAGCAAGGGCCGCGCCUGAGUCUCCCAAGACGCCACAAGUAUCCCACAGCCAGUUUGAAUUGGACAAGAUGCUGGCAGAAAAGCGGUUCAGAGAUAUGACCGAUGAGGAGAUUGUCGCCUUGUCGCUUAAGGGUAAGAUUCCUGGUUACGCGUUGGAAAAGAGUCUCAAGGAUUGCACUCGUGCAGUCAAGGUCCGACGGUCUAUCAUCGCACGAACCCGAGCAACAUCGGCUCUCACUGGACUUCUUGAUCGAUCCAAGCUGCCUUACGAGAACUACAACUGGGAACGCGUCCUCGGUGCCUGCUGCGAAAACGUCAUUGGUUACAUGCCCUUACCUGUUGGUGUUGCCGGUCCUCUUGUUAUUGAUGGUCAGAGCUACUUCAUUCCUAUGGCUACAACGGAGGGCGUGCUAGUCGCAAGCACGAGCCGUGGCUGCAAGGCGAUCAACGCUGGUGGCGGCGCCGUGACGGUUUUGACAGCUGACGGAAUGACGCGCGGACCGUGCGUGACAUUCGAGACAUUGGAGCGAGCCGGCGCUGCCAAGUUGUGGCUUGACUCUACUGCUGGCCAGAACAUGAUGAAGGAGGCCUUCAACUCGACUAGCAGAUUCGCCCGACUCCAGACGAUGAAGACGGCACUUGCGGGAACUAACCUGUACAUUCGAUUCAAGACGACCACUGGUGACGCCAUGGGCAUGAACAUGAUUUCCAAAGGUGUCGAGCACGCACUGAAGGUCAUGGCGACCGAUGGAGGCUUCGACGACAUGGCUAUUGUUUCCGUCUCGGGCAACUACUGCAUUGACAAGAAGGCAGCCGCAAUCAACUGGAUCGACGGCCGAGGAAAGGGUGUUGUUGCUGAGGCCAUAAUCCCCGGCGAUGUUGUUAAGCAGGUGCUGAAGAGUGAUGUCGACUCCCUGGUGGAGCUAAACAUUUCCAAGAACUUGAUCGGCUCCGCCAUGGCUGCCUCUGUCGGUGGCUUCAACGCUCAUGCUGCCAACAUCGUCGCAGCAAUGUUCCUUGCCACUGGUCAAGACCCGGCCCAAGUCGUCGAGAGCGCCAACUGCAUUACCAUCAUGAAGAACCUCCGCGGGUCCCUUCAAAUAUCCGUCUCCAUGCCUUCCAUUGAGGUUGGUACGCUGGGUGGUGGCACCAUUCUAGAGCCGCAAGCGGCAAUGCUUGAUAUGCUAGGUGUUCGCGGCUCCCACCCAACGAACCCUGGUGACAACUCCCGCCGCCUUGCGCGCAUCAUCGGUGCGGCCGUCCUAGCUGGUGAACUUUCACUAUGCAGUGCGCUCGCUGCCGGUCACUUGGUUCAGGCCCACAUGGCACACAACCGCUCCGCCCCGCCAACCAGGAGCACCACACCCGCCCCAGGCGCGAGUGGUAUCAUGACGCCAGUUGGGCUCGCGAUGACUGCCCAAGCAGAGAAAGGAGCCGCGGUCAGUGCGGCUGCUGCCGAGAGAGCUGCCGCCGCCAGGCGUUGA